UUCAUGUAUAUAUAUGUAUGCAGAAACGCGUAUUCUGCAAAUAUGUUUUGUGCUUAACAAAAACCUCUGCAAAAGCUGCUCUUGACACAAUAAAAUCUGAAUCCAGAUUUAGAGUUGCAUACAUAUUUAACUUAUAUUCCUGGUUUGAGAUGGCGACAGGGACAGGGACAGGCGCAAGCGAGAAGAAGGGGACGAAGUCAGAGCAGGAGGCGGAGCAGCUGGCUUGCCCGCGCUGCGACUCCACAAACACCAAGUUCUGCUACUACAACAACUACAACUUCUCGCAGCCGCGCCACUUCUGCAAGGCCUGCCGCCGCUACUGGACUCGCGGCGGCACCCUCCGCGACAUCCCCGUCGGCGGCGGCACCCGCAAGCGCUCUCGCACCUCCGCCUACGCUCCCACUCCCGUUUUCUCUCAUCGCGACUUCCGCCAUCUUCCUGCUGCCGCCGCUAUGCCGUUUGCGCUGGCUGGGUUUGGUGAUGGGCUUGGAAGGCCGAGUUGGCCGUUUGCUGCUACCGGGCACACGUGGCAGCUGGACACUGGAGACACUGCUUUUGUUGCUGGAGACUCCUUUGCUUUUCCUCAUCUUGCUAUUUCCACUCCUCCUACUUUUUUCAAAUAAACAUACUCCUACUGGCCUACUGUAAUUGAUUUUUUCACUUAUCAUCACUUUUACUUUUUAGGCAACAUAAGCUGUGAUGCCCAUCCAUAUCUCUUUUAGUUUAACUUUAUUUUACUCUA